CUUGGGUGUAUAAUUCCUCAAACAUACUCUUGAAGAAAACAAAAACAACUCAAAAGCAAAAUGGCUUUGCGUAAGUUUCCUCUCGUGGGGCUGCUUUUGCUCCUAACCAUCGUCGUCUCUCCGGCAACAGCCGAUGGGCCUGUUUGCCCGCCGUCGACGAAACUAAGCCGGGCAAGUUUCCCUGAAGGUUUUAUAUUUGGCACGGCUACUGCAGCGUAUCAGGUUGAAGGUGCAGUGAAUGAAACUUGUCGUGGACCUGCCUUAUGGGAUAUCUACUGUAAGCGAUAUCCAGCUAGAUGCAACAACGAUAACGGUGAUGUGGCCGUUGAUUUCUUCCAUCGUUAUAAGGAAGAUAUCCAACUAAUGAAGAAUCUAAACACAGACGCCUUCAGAAUGUCUAUCGCAUGGCCAAGAAUAUUUCCUCAUGGGAGAAAGGAGAAAGGAGUGAGUCAAGCUGGUGUGCAAUUUUACCACGACGUCAUCGACGAGCUCAUCAGAAAUGGUAUAACUCCAUUCGUGACUGUUUAUCAUUGGGACACUCCACAAGAUUUAGAAGACGAAUAUGGCGGCUUUUUAAGCGAAAGGAUUGUGAAAGACUUCCGGGAAUACGCAGAUUUUGUUUUCCAAGAAUAUGGUGGAAAAGUGAAACAUUGGAUUACUUUCAACGAGCCAUGGGUUUUCUCUCACGCCGGUUAUGAUGUAGGCAAGAAAGCACCAGGACGUUGCUCUAAGUACGUUAAAGAAGAAUGUCAAGAAGGACGAUCAGGAUACGAGGCUUACCUCGUUACUCACAAUCUCCUCAUCUCUCAUGCCGAAGCCGUUGAAGCUUUCCGACAAUGCCAAAAGUGUAAAGGUGGAAAGAUUGGAAUCGCACAUAGUCCGGCUUGGUUCGAACCACAUGACCUUGCUGAUUCACAAGACGGUGCAUCCAUUAACCGCGCACUUGACUUUAUUUUGGGAUGGCAUCUAGACACAACUACGUAUGGAGAUUAUCCACAGAUCAUGAAAGACAUUGUUGGACAUAGAUUGCCCAAAUUUACUAACGAGCAGAAAGCAAAAUUGAAAAACUCGGCUGAUUUCGUUGGGCUCAACUACUAUACUUCUGUGUUUUCAAACCAUUUGGAGAAGCCAGAUUAUGCUAAACCAAGAUGGAUGCAAGAUUCUCUUAUUUCUUGGGAAUCUAAGAAUUCGGCAAAUUUCGCCAUUGGUAGCAAGCCUUUGACCGCUGCAUUGAGCGUCUACUCGAGAGGCUUUAGAAGUCUAUUGAAGUACAUUAAGGAUAAGUACGGAAACCCGGAAAUUAUGAUCAUGGAAAACGGAUACGGAGAAGAACUUGGAGCAUCAGACUCAGUUGAAGUUGGUACUGCUGAUCAUAAUAGGAAAUAUUAUCUUCAGAGGCAUAUUUUAGCAAUGCACGAAGCUAUUUGCAUCGACAAGGUGAAUGUUACAGGAUACUUUAUAUGGUCAUUGUUGGAUAACUUCGAGUGGCAAGAUGGUUACAAGAACAGAUUCGGGCUCUACUACGUUGAUUUCAAAAAUAACCUUACACGUUAUGAGAAAGAGUCGGGCAAGUAUUACAAAGACUUCCUAAGUCAAGGUGUUCGUCCAUCUGCGAUCAAGAAGGAUGAGCUUUGAGCUAUAUAUAUCUUGAGGAUUUGAUUUUCUGUUUUCGAUGUUUAUUUCUUAUGCUUUUGUUUGUGAUUGACCAAGAUUAAUGAUGAGGUCUUCUUGGUUUGAAUAAAAAUGUUUUAUUUUUCAUUUCUCAAUGCCCACGUGAUGGUUUGACAAGAUCUAUAAAGAGUAUUUUGCUCCGUAUAACAAAAAAAAAAAAAAACGCAAUAUUUGAGAAAACCUAAAAUAUGUUAAACAAAAUGGCUUUGCAAAAGUUACCUCUCAUGGGGCUGCUUUUGCUCCUAACCAUCGUCGUCUCUCCGGCAACAGCUGAUGGGCCUGUUUGCCCUUCGACCACCAAACUUAGCCGGGCAAGUUUCCCUGAAGGUUUCUUAUUUGGCACGGCUACUGCCGCAUAUCAGGUUGAAGGUGCAGUGAAUGAAACUUGCCGUGGACCGGCCUUGUGGGAUAUCUACUGUAAGAGAUAUCCAGCGAGAUGCAAUAACGAUAAUGGCGAUGUGGCCGUUGAUUUCUUCCAUCGUUAUAAGGAAGAUAUUCAGCUCAUGAAGAGUCUAAACACAGACGCCUUCAGACUCUCAAUCGCGUGGACAAGAAUAUUUCCACAUGGGAGAAAGGAGAAAGGAGUGAGCCGGGCGGGUGUGCAAUUCUACCAUGACGUCAUCGACGAGCUCCUAAGAAAUGGUAUAAUUCCGUUUGUGACUGUAUUUCACUGGGACACUCCACAAGAUUUAGAAGACGAAUACGGUGGCUUUUUAAGCGAAAGAAUUGUGAAAGAUUUCCGGGAAUACGCAGAUUUUGUGUUCCAAGAAUAUGGUGGGAAAGUGAAGAAUUGGAUCACUUUCAACGAGCCAUGGGUUUUCGCUCACGCCGGUUAUGACGUGGGCAGGAAGGCACCAGGACGUUGCUCUUCUUACGUCAAUCCUCAGUGCCAAGACGGACGAUCAGGAUACGAGGCUUACCUCGUCACUCAUAAUCUUCUCAACGCUCACGCAGAAGCCUACGAAGCAUUCCGACUAUGCGAGAAGUGUAAAGGUGGCAAGGUUGGACUCGCACAUAGUCCGGCUUGGUUCGAACCACAUGACCUUGCUGAUUCGCAAGACGGCGCCUCCAUUAAACGUGCAAUGGACUUUAUUUUGGGAUGGCAUCUUGAACCUACUAUGUAUGGAGAUUAUCCACAGACAAUGAAAGACAUUGUUGGACAGAGAUUGCCUACAUUUACUACCGCGCAGAAAGCGAAAUUGAGAAACUCGGCCGAUUUCGUAGGAAUCAACUACUACACGUCGACGUUUUCAAACCACAUAGAGAAGCCAGAUCCUUCUAAACCAAGAUGGAAGCAAGAUUCUCUUAUUGACUGGGAAAAUAAGAAUGCGCAAAAUUACACCAUUGGUAGCAAGCCUUUUACCGCUGCACUGCCCGUUUAUUCGAGAGGCUUUAGAAGUCUUUUGAAGUACAUCAAAGAUAAAUAUGCAAACCCGGAAAUUAUGAUCAUGGAAAAUGGAUACGGAGAAGAACUUGGGGCCACAGAUUCGAUUGCAGUUGAGGCAUCUUUUAGCUAUGCAAGAAGCUAUUUGGUAAAUGUUACAGGAUAUUUUGUAUGGUCAUUGUUGGAUAACUUCGAGUGGCAAGAUGGUUAUAAGAACAGAUUCGGGCUCUACUACGUUGAUUUCAAAAAUAACCUCACACGUUACGAGAAAGAGUCUGGCAAGUUUUACAAAGACUUCCUAAGUCAAGGUGUUCGUCCAUCUGCGAUCAAGAAGGAUGAGCUUUGA